GGGGAGUGCGAGGUGGAGUGGAAGUGAAAUCCUUUGAUAAAACUGAUGGAACUAAUCAUUACCACACUGAAGAAAGAAAGAAACCACAGAAACUGCAGGGAUUAUAUGCUGCUGGAAAAGUGUCAUCCCUGUCUUGUGCCAUGGAAAAGAACACUAGAAGAUAAUUGUAAGGAGAUCGAAUUAAGCAGUCCUGUACUACGAAGCUACACCCUUGGAAGAACAUCAAUGAGACAUUAGCCCAACACGUAUUCCACUGUCUGCAUUCCGAGAGUUGAUAAUAUGGAGCAGAACUGGGCGCCUUCAUUUUUAAUCCAAUCUAAAUAACUUGCCAAAUCUGUCCAAAUGUACAGAACCUUAUUUGAUCGUAGAUUCAACCUGAUUUAGUACGUCAAGAAAUCCUAAUUAAACCUGAAAUAAGUACAGCCUCGCCUUUUCCCACCAAGUUAGAUAACAGGACAACGGAUAAAGGAUGCCAAACGAUAGGAUAAUUAUCUCAUUUUAGUUUCCACAUGUCAGGCUACAUGGAAGAUUACUAAAGAGUCUGGCAAAGGAACUAAGGGAGUCUACCAUGGCAACGUCUGGAAGGAAGUUGAAGCGAGACCACCGACCGCCGCCGCUGCCGCCGCCACAACAACACCAACACAGCACCACAAAGAUGGAGGACUCGAGCGCGAUGACGGCCAAUGCGCAGGAGUUCUGCCUGCGCUGGAACAACUUCCACUCGAGUCUGGUGACGGCGCUGGACGGCUUCAAGAACGACCAGGACUUUGUGGACGUGACGCUGGCGUGCGAGGGACAGUUCCUCAAAGCCCACAAGAUGCUCCUCUCGGCCUGCUCCGUGUUCUUUAGAGACCUGCUCAAGGCCAACCCGUGCCAGCACCCAAUCGUCAUCCUGCCUCCGGAGGUGCGUUUUGCCGACCUGGAGAAGCUGCUCCGGUUUAUCUAUCAGGGGGAGGUGAACGUCCACCAGGAGAACCUGGCACGCUUCCUGAAGACCGCUGAGAUGCUCAAGAUCAGGGGCUUGGCGGAGGACAGUGAGAAGCAGCGAGUUUUGAGGUCGUCAUCGCCGCGUCCCCCGGAGUCCUGUGAGGCUGACUCAGUGAGCCCCAAGCGGCCAAGGCUCUCCAUCGACGUGCACCAGCCCUGCCAAGAGCCCCGCACACCCAAUGACGACAGCAGGCUAUCAGGCGGAGACUCAGAUUCAGAGAUGAUCCCAGUCAAGCAGGAAAUGGUGGAGCUGAAAGAGUGUUCCGACUCCCAGUAUGAAGGAGGUGACAGCGAAGCCUUCGUGCCAGAGGCCUACUUGAGGGAAGGCGGGUCAGCCUCCUCCUCACAACAGCAGCAGCAACAGGCACCCCCCAAUGCCCCUCCCCCCCCAGGGCCGCUAUUACCAUCCUACGUUCCACCGCCUCAGGUCAAGACACAAGAUGGGCUCUGUCGCACCCCCCCGCACCCCGUGGGCGGACUCAUCAGACGCUUUUUGGAAGAAUGCUUGCAGCUCACUGAGCCGGCGCCGCUGCUGUCCUGCUAUACGGGGCUGGAGUCCACACCACACUUCCAGCUGCUCCGCUCCGUAGCAAAGGAGUGGAGCUACUGCCGCAACGCCACGCAGAAUUACACCACCAUGGGCGGCUCCAGCAAGCGGCAGCGGGCCACCUCGCGCCUCAUCGAGACCUUCGAGAGCAUAGACGCACUGAGGACCCAGCUGGCACAGUAUAUGCACCAGGUGAUUUUGCUGGAGAUGGCACAGCCCGGCACCAUCGCCAAGGUGUGCCGCGCAGAGGCUCAGCUGCAGCAGCAACACCCUCCAAGCAGCCAGCAGCAGGCAGCCAACCAGCAGGGAGAGGGGGGUCAGGAGGGUGGUGGUGGUGGAGGGGGCAGUAAUAGCACAGGGGAGCCUGGGCUGCUUGACAUGGCUGAGUUGGCCGGCAUCACCCCUGAGCAGGGCAGCAACUUCAACAAGGCGACGGAGGUGAUGAAGCAGCUGCGUAAGCUGUACUUUGACCAGUCACGCCGCCUGGCUGUGCGCAUCAGCCAACUCAAGAAGGGCCGGCAGCAGUCCCAAGAGCGCAUGCAGCGGCAGCAGCAAAUGCAGCAAAACUACCUCCAACAGACCAUACAGCAGCUGCAGCAGCAGCAGCAGCAGCAGCAGCAACAGCAACCACAACAGCAUCACCAACAACAGCAACAGCACUCUCAGCAACAGCACUCUCAGCAACAGCAGCAGCAGCAGCAGCAGCAGCAGCAGCAUGCUCAGCAGAUGGCCCCACACCAGAUGUCCCAGGACGGUGCUGCCCAGCUGCUGCAGAGUCAACUGUCGCUCCAUCACCUGCAUCAACCUUGGUCGGACUAGUGGUGGGAAUAAGGCUGCAUUCUCAGUCUCAGUGCCCGCCGCCGCCGCCGCCGCCAUACCAGGGCUGAGACGACAGCACACCGUCACCCUGUGCAGCCUUCACACCACCAUUACAUCACCACCACCACCACCACCACAACCAGGGUCACAUUAACACCCUCCACCACCCACCCAACCCCCACCACUGCCCCUUCGAUGGGUAGACAACAGUGGAUAUGCAACAUGAAGCACCCACAGCUGCGGCCCUGUGUCGUGUCACCCCAAUGAUCUAUGCAUUGUACAGGAAAUAUUGAGAAAAUAUCGCAGGGAUGAAGACAGGGAAAGCUUGCAUGCAAUGUCCAGCCUCAGGACCAAGAGGAAACGACAAAUUAUUGGAAGUAAAACGACGAGGGGAAUGCGUAUGGCGGCGCGCAUAAACGUAAACAAAUGCAGGGGCAAAUGCGCAAGGAUGCAGUGUUCCAGUUAGUUAUACUUGUGGGUGGGGUUAGGCAGUGGGAAGGGGACUUUUUUGGGUGGAGAGAGGGGGGAGUUUGGGUGAAAACAUGUCCUUUUGUUAUGAAAAAUGUUUUUCUAUGGCGCACAAACUCAGGAAGCAACAGGGCAUAUUUAUUCCAGUUCUGGGAAUUAGUUUAAGCUGUAACGUCAAAUCUUUGUAGAACGGGUCUCUUAUCUCUCCAGCUCUCUCUUGCUUUUUCUAUGACUGUGCUGUUUCUAGUGCUUUUUCACACAUAUUCACUUGCUCACUCACACACUCAUGCCUCGUAAGAGAAAGGCUUGGUUGGUUCAUGGUGUUUUGUGUUGUGCAUCUAAAUGGAACACUGUAUUCUUCUCGCUGUGUGUUGUUGUUGUCAUAUGGGUGACUUGACUCUUCAGGUAUUAAUGCUAAUCAAAGUCUCGUGCAAGAAUGGAAAAAAUGAACACGAGGGGAGAGAGAGAUAAAGCAAACCAGAAAAAUGCAAAUAUAUAUGUACACAUGUAGCGAGAACAGAAAAUCUUGGAGUAAAUCUCUCGGCAGAAACAAAGAAAAGAGGAAACAGUUGAAAGAUUUUUGAAACUUGCUGAAGUGCCCCGAGUGAGGGACAUAAUGAUGAUGGCGUGUUUUACCUCCACGUGUGAGAGAGAAAAAUGCGCUUUUCUCUCUCUACCUCCACCCUACCUCCUCCCCAACCCUCCAGACCUCUCCCUCCCUCCCUUUCUCUUCCAGUAUAUUGAAACGGUAUGUCGUGGGGACGUGUCUUUGCCUCUCCCCGCACUGACGAUACGUGAGAACGAUCACACAAACUUUAUACCUCAAGACUCUACCUGUAAAGAUUAAACAAAACAAAAGCAAGACAUUAUUAUAAAAAGCCGACAAAAAAAAGAAUCUAUUUUAUUUACUAGCAUUAUAUACGAGGUGCUCUGAGCCCCAGUGUCUUUAGUGAUGAUGUAGACUUUGGCUAGGCUUCUAUCAUUACUGUUAUUAUUAUUAUUAUUAUUAUUAUUAUUAUUAUUAUUAUUAUUGCUACUACCAUUAUUAUCAUUACUCAUCACCAGUGUCAUUAUUAAUACUGUGGCUUCGUGAGUGAAGGUUUCCGUUCGUGCGUUCGUCAUUUUUGCCAAAUUACCCAUAUAUACAUCCAUACAUAUAGUCAGUCAGUCAGCCAUGUGCAUGGAGGACAGACGGACAGACAGACCGGUUAUUAGUUCAGUCUCUGCGGUAGCAAAGACCACAACAAACAAGCGACGGCUGAACGUUUGCUUGCCGCGCACACCUCGGGCCGCGUCUCGCCUCGGCCGUGCAGGGUGUACAUUAAUGCAUGUAUGCAUAAACAAAUGUAUGUACGCGCGCACGCCCAGCCCCUGCCCUGCCCUGCCCAGAGAGGGUGGCGGCAGGACCUGGGCGGGCGAGUGGGCUUCAGGUAAUUCCAGUUCAGGUUUUAUCAUUAAACUUACGGGUUUUGAACGGGACUCAAACAGGGAGGAGGCUUCGUGCGGCCUGUUUUCUGUGGCCCAUAGCAGCAGCAGCAGCAGCAGCAGCAUUGUGAGGGGGGGGGGGGGGGUGGCAAGGGUCAUUCUGUCACGCUCUCCCCCCACCAGACCUCUUGUCACAAAACUGCAAUGAAGAUAGCUAUAUAAAUACAGAUAUAUAUACGUACUACAUGUGUAUUAUCGUUAUUUUAUGGUGCAUUGGGUGACAUUCUCUCUCUCUCUCUCUCUCUCUCUCUCUCUCUCUCUCUCUCUCUCUCUCUCACACACACACUCACACCUCUCCUCCUAUUGUGACACCCAUUGCUGCCCACGUUACGUUUCACCGCUUCACUCCGAUGUAACAUAAAGAACAGACGUCCUCCCCUGAAUAUUUUCCUCAUCGUUAGUUUUACUUUGAUUUCCACUGCUUUUGUUUUUUCUUUUCUGUUGCGUUUGUGUGCUUGUUUUUAUUUCGAGAGGCUGCGACCUUGGAAGCCGAGAGUCGACAGGUGACCGACCAAUGGUUGUGCGACACGCUAAGUACAAGUAAACAAAAAAAUAAAUAAGUGAAAAUACGUAUACAUAUAUAAAUAAACAAAAAUAAGUACAUACAUACGUUCAUAUACGCACAUGAGAGAUGUCUGCUGUUUAGGGUGUGUGCACGCACUUGCUCUGUGCACCAGGUUUUGGGAGUGUGUGUGUGUGUGUGUGUGUGUGUGUGUGUGUGUGUGUGUGCGUGUAUGUGUGUGUGUGUUCAUGUGUUAAGGAGAAAUUGAGAGAGAGACGACAAAUUACUGCUUCUUAAAUCUGUGUUUGUGUGUUUUAGUGUGUGUGUGUGUGUGUGUGUGUGUGUGUUGCAGGCUUUUUGAUGUGUUAGGCAGCAUGGCAUUCCCAAUCACAACCAUACCGUGGAAGAGUGCCCUGUGCUUGAUGCUAACAGACUAAGGAGAGAUGGCUUGACGUUUCUCUCUCUCUCUCUCUCUCUCUCUCUCUCUCUCCCCCCCCCCCCACCCACCCCCGCUCUCGCUGGCACUCUCCCCCUGCCCCCGCUAUACAUACUUUAUUGUAGCCCAUCUCCCUUAGGUGUUACCUCAAACACAUAUGCAUCCACUCAAGCCAUGCAGUGCACAUCUACACACACACUCACACACACACACACAUAUACACACACGCAGACGCACACACACACACUCCCUCAGUGGUGUAUAGCCUGUUCGACAAGACAUGGACCCUCACUGCGACACAUACAUAUCCAGGGCUCCACACUAAACGGGUACUUCUCUAAAUACAAGGUUCACUCUAACAGGGUCCAGCAGGGUGCCUAGCGGGCCACCCAUGUCGUCGUGGCACAGGGACGCUGAAUUCUGUCUCCGUUGUUCUGUUUUCUUUGAGCCUCGUGGCCACAGCAGCAGCAGCAGCGUUUUGGGCUCUUUAGAAGAGCUGACCCACAUUUGAUUUAUAUUCUCCCCCUCUUUCUCUUGUCUCGUUUUUAGAAUAAAUUAUAAUUACUCUGGUCUCUUGAGCCAAUUUCUUGGGUGCAUCUACCUCAUGUGGUCUCCUCUGUGGCUUUGUGUGACCCCUUCCACGCUGUGUUAAGGUCCUCCACAUAAUCAAAGUCAGGGAUUGAACUUAGAGUGUCUGCUGAUCAAAUUCUGUGAUAUGUUCAAUGUCUUCUCAGGAUCACAGUAGAUAAUGGCAAUCUUCCCGCGUCAAUCCGGCUGGGUUUCCGAAGAGACACUUUGUACCUCGGAUCGGUGCCGGGCCACUGGAGGGCCGGCACCGACCCGAGGGUGUCUGCCUGGCCGCUGGCAUCAGGGCCGGGCAGGCGCUGGCCUCGGGGAACCACCGUCGGCACCCCGAGGCAGUGCCGCCGCAGUCAUCCCGGGAGUAGCCAGGCACGGUGGGAGGCGUCCGUCAAACCCAAUGUGAAUAUUAUCCUGCAGGUUUUAAACAUUCAGGGUCACGUAUUGUUAUAUACAGCAACUAUUCUGUCAGGGGUUCUUGCAAUAUUCAGGUGAAGAUACCAUAGUUUUUGUAAUUUUUGCCAUGACAUGCGUGCGUGGGGCCCACCUGCACCCACCCGAGGCCAGGAGGGCUGCUUCGGAUCACUGCUGUGGCCCAUGCUUGUUGUGGCUCACGACUGUGGCCCAUGUCAAUUAUGGCUCAUAGCUGUGACCCACAUGUGCUGUAGCUUACAAUUGUGGUCCACAUUUGCUAUGGUUUACCUGGCGACCAGGCUUACCAUGGUGCAAACAGCUGCAGUGGCCCCUGGCCAUGGCCCUUAAUGUUGGCUGCGGUCCACACCUGCCCAGCCCACGCUGUGGCCCCCACGCUCGCCAGGACAGUUGCUCGUUGAGCCGGCAGUUGUGAACUGCUCAGGUGAUACAUUACUUGGUAAUUCAUAGCCAUGCAAAUGUUUUGCUGUUUAGAUCAUGUUGUGAUGUUUCUUGGUAAGAGCACAUGUUAUUAGGUUCUAAGUUUUGUAUUUGGGUUCGGCGGAGGCGCUGCGCUUCCCUUGUCCAACAUUCCACGUGUUUGUGGCGGCACUGCCGCCCCCACGACGGGGAGUGCAUGUGGCUGGACCUUUUUAUAGUAUUUUGUAUUUGAUUUUGUUAAUUCUAUAUGAAUAUAGUUUUUGAGUUACUAUCAGUGAUAGUGUAUAUUUUUUAAAGUGCAAAAUUUUAAAUGAUUUUCUUGUUGUGCUGCAGGGUGGGUGGUGGAGGAGGAGGCCGGCGCACUAAGUUGUAACAAAACAGUAACAGUCAGUCACAAUGUCAGUACACAAGACAGACAGACACACAAUUGCCCAAGGGCCUGACAAGCCCGCCCCAGUGAAUUGUUUGGCGCCGUGGCCCAGGGCAGCCAUGGCUUUCCCCCCAUCCGGCCUCCACCCUCCACCCCCAGUCCUUUAAAGUUUCCAAGUAAAUAUAUCUUAGUGUCUAACGAUAAACAGUAUAUGGGUUUGCUGCGUACAAAACAAAUAGCGUUGCCUAUUUGGUGUAAUACGAUUUUUAACAAGACCCGUUAUCACCAUAGAGGAUUAGGGUUCCGAUAGCUUCAUUAUGUCCGUUGUCAGUCUCUAGUCCUCAUCUCUCCAUUUUAAGCGUUUGUAACCCCUGUAUCUCCAUAUAUGUACUGACAUUUAAUGCAAGGUUAGCAGGGCUGGCCGCCCCUCGCUGGUGGCAGGACUGUGGCUCCGUGGCCUGCCCGCCUGCUUGUCCCCCUCAGCUUUAAACACUCCUUCACUCUCCUCUCACAUAACCUAUUGCUCAAUGGCACUCAGAUGACCUUCAGGUGUCAGGGUACGAAGGUCAGGUCACACUGUGUGUGGCUUGGCCUUCCCUGGCUGCAGCCAAACCAAGGCAGACCAGUGUUGGACUUGGUUGUGGGUGAAAUACUUAAGUGACAAUAUAGUGUGGAACUAGAAGAUAGACAAGUGACAGUAAACCAGUAUGGCAGUCUAGUGUUUACUACUGACCAGUAUUGAAUUAUGCAGGAGACAAACUACAGUGACACAUUGACCCAAAAGGCAGACUGGCAGACAUGAUUAACCCAGGUGAUGCAUGCAGGCCUGGGUGACGGGUAGACAGUGCUGGACCAAGCCAUGGGUGAGUCAGGUGGCCACUCACUCUUUGCAGACAUGAGUGGCAGAUUGACCAGUAUUUGCAGGUGACUGAUGUAGGCUCUGAAAUGUUUAGGCAUUUAAUGUUUUAAAGCACCAAAGAGGCAUUGUACUUCCCUCAAAACUUAUUUAUUUUAUUUAUUUAUUUAUAUUAUUAUUAUAUAUUUUCUUAAGAGACAGGCUAAGGGUUAAAUGUAAAAAAAGACCCAGUAGUCUCACAGUUAACUGAGGUUCAGCAUGCUACUCUUGAGUAACAGUGAACACUGCCUGCACUAUAAGCUUUGUUCAAAAUUAUUUCCCCCAUUAUCCUGUGUUUUGUGUUGAAGUAGAGGAUGUGUUUGUGGUGAAAUAUAUGACCUUCCUUAGUCCAUACUGUGAAGUGUGUGAGUGGGGGCACAUUUUACAUCAGUUAUACAUUAUAGGAAGGCAUGUGGAUGCAUAUUUCUGUUUGCCAAACUAUUGAUGCAAAAUGCUCAAAAGGGCUUUCCAAGUAAUGGAUGCAUUUGCCAGAACUUCUACUUGACCUUCAAGGACUUAAGAAAUAUUUAUAUACUUCUUGAAAAGGCUGGCAUACCUUGCAAAAAUUUAUCUCUGCUUUCACAUUCUUCUGAACAUGUUUUUUGCAAGACAACAAACUUCUGCCUUGAUUUUCUCACUACCUGCCAUUGUAUGGUGCAACAAGCGAGGUUGUUUAAAGUUCAAUGUAACGGCCAUCAUCUACAGGUGUUGAUUUGCAUUCUAAGUGAAGUUUUUCAGUUACAUUACAACAUGAGUUAACCUAGCAGUCACUGAGCUGCCAGGCUUUCUCUGGAAUACUUAAGUUAAAUAUCCAACACCUCAGGGCAGAAGUUGACACAACAACAGUAUUAGAUAACUGACCAGCACUAUGACACAUCACUUAGAAACAGGUUGACUGAGACUUAAUGACUCCAGGAAUAUCAAUGCUUCAUCCCACAGUAUUAAAACACAACCAUUGCAUACCAAAGUUUAUGCACAUGACAGUGAUUGCAUGCUACCUCCUGACUUUUUAGAGAGUAGCUAUGUGAAAAUACAUUACCUCCAUGACAAAAAAUAGUGCCAGUGCAAUUAGAAAGUUAAGGGCCACAUAGGUCAUAAGCAGUGCCAGUGUGGAAGGUAGGGACAUUCAUGACAGACAGUGCCAACAGAAAAAAUGGUGACCUCUUGGACAGUGCCAGUUUAUGUAAUGUUGGUAACCUCAAAGACAUAAAGAGAUUGUUAGUGUGUGAAGAGUUGGUGACCUCAGACAGAAAAAGAACCUCAGUAUGAAGCCUGUCAAUAGCCAUUCCAACACACACACACACACACACACACACACACCUCAAUUACUGUUAGGUAUGGUGCCAGUACUGGUGUAGAGGCUUCUGUAUGGGCUUAGGAUGACUGAAAGGGACUUGCAAUACAUGACUUAUCACAGGCCAGUAUACUGCUACCAGAGAUGGGUCUACUUAGGAAUGGUGGGAACCUUUGUAGCUGACUGAGGAAGGGCCCCAUUAUCUCUCUCCCUCUCUCUCGCUCUCUCUCACAUCUUUUGUCUUUUCUCUCAUUGUAUUUGUCUUUCUAUUGAUCCUUUCCCUCCCUCUGUCUGUCUGUCUGUCUCUCUCUCGCUCUAAUAACCACCUGCCUUCCCUCCCUCUCCCUCCUUCCUCUCCUCUCCCUCCUUCCUCUCCUCUCCUCUCUCAUCCAUCCCCUUGUCUUCCUCUCCCCAAAACCUCUCUUACACAAAGCAGAAACAGACCUGCCUACCUCACCACACACCAUCACAGUGCACCACACCAUGCUACACCACAGCACAUCACCUCAUGCCACUCAACACCACACCACAUAACACAUAACAGCCACAAAUCAUCACAUACCACUCGCCACACAAACAUACUAGUACCACCACCACCACCACGAUCACCACUGCUACCUCCACCACCACUACCUCCACCACCACUACCUCACACCACCACCACACCACCACAGCCCCACCGCCAGCGCAGGGCAGCAAGCACCCCCAAGUUGGUGUCGUAGUUUUUAGCUCAUAAUGUCUAGCAUACGGAUUAUCAAGUGUUUGCAGUGGGCCCCAAAGGCUAGUGCUGGCCCGUGGGUAUCUAUUCAAUGCAUUUUUUAGUCUCGAAUAUGGAAACUAAUAUCUAUUAAUAAAUGAACCUAACUUA